AUGGUUCAAUCGAAAUGUUUUACAACAUCGUUGGCAUCAAAUUAUCAUCCAAAUGAUUCAAUGAGAAAAAAUUCAUUAACCAAUAACAGUAUAAGUCGAUUAAAUUUGAUACAAGAUUAUUGGCAAUUACCGGAAAAAUCGAAUGAUUUUAAAUCUUCGGUUGAAAAUAAAAUCAGUCUUAUAAAAAUUUAUGAAAAAUUAAAUUCAGUAAAAAUAUUGAAAAAUAAUCGUGAAUCAAUAACAACAAAAAUUAAAUCAAUGUUUGAACCAUUUAUAUCAUAUAAUUUUUAUUUAAAAUUUAAAAGAUAUAUACCAUAUAUACAACGUGAUCAUCAAAUAUCUAAACAAAUUGAAGAAUUCGGUGUUGGUGAUGAAGAAGAAACAACAACGAAAACAACUAUCGUACCAUUAACCGAAGAAAUUGAAGAUGAAAUUGAUGAAAUUCUACAAAAUUCAAAUCAAUUAUUAGUAUCAGCAUAUUCAAUUAAUAUACAUACCAAAGAUAUUAUGACACUUGAUGGUUGUAAUUGGCUUAAUGAUGCUGUAAUUGAAUUUUAUCUAAAUCUUAUUGUAUCAAGAUCACAGAUGAAUGAUAAAAAUUGUAAUAGAAAAAAAUUAUAUCCAACAGUAUAUGCAUUUAGUACAUAUUUUUUUACAAGACUUUCGAAUGGUUCUGGACCGGGUCGUUGGUCGAAUAAAUUGGAUUUUUUUAGCUAUGAUAUAUUAUUGAUUCCAAUACAUCAUUCAAAUCAUUGGCGAUUAGCUGUGGUUGAUAAUGAACAACAUUCUAUUGAAUAUUAUGAUUCACUUGGUAAUGAAUUUCGUUAUUGUAUCGAUUUAAUAUUUAAUUUUUUACAAAAUGAAAGUAUAAAAAAGAAAAAUACGGAAUUAGAUAUUGAAAAAUGGCGAUUACAAUAUAAAAUACCAAAUAUACCUAAACAACAAAAUUAUUAUGAUUGUGGUGUUUUUGUUUGUAAAUAUGCUGAAUAUAUAUCACGUCGUGCAUCAUUAACAUUUACACAGGAACAUAUACCUGCAUUUCGUAAAUUGAUGAUGUAUGAAAUAAUUCAUCAAAAAUUAAUUGUUUAAAGU